GGGGAAAACCCCCAUUUUUUUUGGAUUAUCUCUAUCCAGGAGUCCUCUCUCUAGACGGUGCGACACUGCAGCAACAAACUACCACCGAUGUCCGCAGCGGUAGCUACUGAGAACGACGUGCUGGAUACGCCGGUUCUCGAUGCGGAACGAGCCAAUCUGCUGCAUCGUAUUACGGAGGAAGGCGGCUACGCUUACGCGGGAAUGGAGGCUCUAGCUGCGGGAGGCGAUGCGAGGGCGGCAGAAGCGGCGAGAGAAAUGGCCUGGGAGCAGCUGCACUCUGGUCCCUGGAAUUCGGUUCUUCCCAUUUGGAGGGAUGCGUACUCCAUUGCGUGUCUCCAUGCCGCAAGGCUCCAUUACAAAGCUGGAGAGUUCUGCCAGGCCAUUCAAGUUCUCGACAUGGGCAUCAUCAUGGGCGGAUUGACACUUCGUGACGACUUUAAUCUCGCAGUGCGAAAGGCAUCGAUGAAAGCGAAUAUUUCAAUAGAAGCUUCCCCGCGGAAGGAUCAAUCGGAAGAACCAAAUACAAUUGUUUCUCCAGAUUUUCAUAUAGAGGAGGUAUCACGGGUUUUGCCUGUAAAGUCACUCUCUUGUAAAAUGGUUGGAAAAAGGUCUGCAUUAUCCUUGGAGAGCUUCCUUCAAGAUCAUUUUUUAGCUGGAUCGCCUGUUGUUAUCAGAGAUUGCAUGGAUCAUUGGCCAGCCAAGGGCAAGUGGAAUGAUUUGAACUACCUACGUAGUGUUGCUGGAUAUCGUACAGUACCAGUUGAGGUUGGAAAGAACUACUUGUGCUCAACAUGGAAGCAAGAGCUGAUCACAUUUUCUGAGCUUCUAGAGAGGAUUCAGAACAAUGGCUACACUUUUUCCGAAACCACAUACUUAGCUCAACAUCAAUUAUUUGAUCAGAUCCAAGAGCUGAAGCAUGACAUUCUUGUCCCUGAUUACUGUUGUGCUGGAGGUGGAGAAGUCAGGUCACUAAAUGCUUGGUUUGGCCCAGCUGGUACAGUGACACCAUUGCAUCAUGAUCCCCACCACAAUAUACUUGCUCAGGUGGUUGGAAAAAAGUAUGUAAGGCUUUACUCUUCUCGUCUCUCAGAAGAGCUUUACCCACACACUGAGACCAUGCUCUGCAAUUCCAGCCAGGUGGAUCUGGACAAUAUAAAUGAAAGCCAAUUUCCAAAAAUGAUAGAUCUUGAGUUCCAAGAUUGCAUCUUAGAGGAAGGAGAGAUGCUUUACAUACCCCCGAAAUGGUGGCAUUAUGUACGCUCAGUCACUACAAGUUUUUCUGUUAGUUUUUGGUGGAGCAGCACUGAUGAUAAUAAUGCAUCAGAUACCUAAAUCUUUUAUUUAAUCACCGAUAGGUUUUUGGUACACAAAGUCACAAAGAUACACCCGCAAAACAAUUUCACGGAAAGAUGCCAAUGUGGUUUUGGCUGUACCAUGCAUUGCCAUGAUAAAGUUAUAAACCCCGAACUGGUGUAGGAAUGCAUAAUCAAUACAUUUUCGCUUAGGGAUGGAAUCGGGCCUGGUUGGGUCAGGCUCGGGCCCGGCGUGCUUCAGUACUACAAAAUUCAGGCCCGAUACCAGCCUGGUUUGUACUAGUUCCGGUCCGGCCUGGUUUGUACUAGUUCCGGUCCGGGUACCCGGAUGGGUCUCGGUCCGGUCCCAGGCCGGGUUGGGCUGGUCCUUUGGUUAUUUUUUUUUCAAAUUAAUUCAACAAGUGCUAGAAAGAAUACGGCGAGAUAACAUCUUAAAAAAAGCAGUUUGACUUAUGUUUAUAAACUAAUCACGGAGUGAGUAUUUCUUUUUUUUAUAAAGUGAAUUGUAUAAUUAAAUACAUUAAUUGUACAGAGAUUUCAAUUGUACAUUAAAUAUUUCUUUCUAAGCUGUUAAUACAGUUUGACUUAUGUUUGACUUAUACAUUAAUUGUACAUUAAAAGCAGUUCAGAG